UCAGCAGGCGAGUCGCGGUCACACUGCACAACAAUCCAAAUAAAAGCAAUUAAAUAUUCUUUAAUCAAAACUUCAAUGUGCUCCGAUCGUAAGGUGCGUUUGUGAAAAAAGUGCAGCACAUAAUGGCCUUUCGUGGCCACCAAUGGAUGCCGGUUCGGGAAACCAAAGAUCGGCAUGACUAACAAUGAGACUGCGGCGCUGAUUUAAAUGGAAAACUUUGAAAACAACAGAGGGCUGUUGAUAACGACAAGAGCGAGAACCAAACUAACAACUGCAUGCAACGCCGGACAGUGGAGCCGGAGCAGCCUCAAGAGCGGAGAGUGAACACGUCGACGACGAACUAGCCGCAGAUCGGUAAUCAUACACAACUCGAACCCAGUUGGGACAAUACCGCGAAAGCCCUGAUCUAAGGCGCCGCCGUCAACAUGAUGGAGACAUACAUGCUGUACCCGCAGCACCAUAACCAGACCGUCGAGGUGCCGUUGGACAACAUGGAGGAGUUCUGCAUGCGUUUCUCCGUCAACCUGUGGAAAAACGAUCCUCCCGACUUUGUGGAUCUCAUCUGCCUGCUGCCCAACGGGCAUCUCCGAAUGCUUAAGGCCCCCUCAACGACCACAAUUCGGGAUGUGAAGGUGAACAUGGUCGAGUUGGCCAAGCAGAGUGAGCCAUGCUACAUGAUCAAGGACGCCUGCGACUACCAGGUGUACGGCAUAUCGACCUUCAACAUUGAGCCGUACACGGACGAGACAAAACGCCUGUGCGAGGUCCAACCAUACUUCGGACUGCUCACCCUUGGCGAUCGUACCGACGCCAACAGUUUCUCCAGCGACUACGAGCUUACCAAGAUGGUUAGCGGAAUGAUCGGCAAGUCCUUCGAUCACCAUCGGACACAGGGUACGCCUGAGAUCGACGACUUCCGGCUGAACAUGUCACAGAUCUGCGAUAACAUUGAGACGAAGCGUGCCAAAUACACCUGGCAGGACCGCCUGCUCUACGAGCACCCGCUGCGGCUGGCUAACUCGACGAAAAUGCCCGACCUGAUACGCGAGCGGCAUCCAACCCGAGCGUUCCUCAUCGUGGUGAAAAACGAGAACGACCAGAGCACCUUUACGCUGUCUGUGAACGAGCAUGAUACGCCCUAUUCGUUGACCGAGAGCACCCUGCAGAAGAUGAACCGCUCCCAAAUCAAAAUGAACGACCGAGCCGCCGACUACAUACUCAAGGUGAGCGGCCGCGACGAGUACCUGCUCGGCAACUACCCGCUGAUCCAGUUCCUGUACAUCCAGGAAAUGCUCUCCGAUUCGGCGGUGCCCAAUGUGGUGCUGCAGUCGGUUUACCGCCUGGAGUCUUACAUUAACUACCACAAUGAGCAGAAUAUGGUGCCAAAGGGGCCUCCGCGGAAGCAGUCCGUUGUGCCCUCACGGCCACCCAUCUCGCUGUGGGACAUGGGCAACUACUUCCAGCUGACGCUGCACAGCAUCUCUAACGUGAACUAUGACAGGACGCGCGCCUUCAAGGUGGGCGUGCACGUGGGCCUCUUUCAUGGGGACCGUAUGCUCUGCGCACAGAGGUCGAUCGACUCGCCCAAUGGCAACUUCGAUACGUUUCUGUUCAACGACCACGUAAUGGACUUCGACAUACAGAUGCGCAACUUGCCACGGAUGACGCGACUGUGCAUCGUGAUAUUCGAGGUGACCAAAAUGUCGCGAUCCAAGAAGUCAUCCAACAACAAGGAUAUCGCGCUGAAGGACGUCUCCUACAACAAGAAUCCAUUGGCCUGGGUGAACACAACGCUGUUUGACUACAAGGAUAACCUGCACACCGGUCGCCAGACGCUCUACACGUGGACGUAUGCGGACGACAUCCAAUCGGAUGAGGUCUUCCACCCACUUGGAACUGUCGAACCGAAUCCGCUUAAAGAGGAGUGCGCCCUGGUGGACAUCACAUUCCAGAGCAGUGGAACCGGAACCGUGCGCUACCCCACCGAGGAAAUUGUGCUGCAGUACGCCGAGGAGCGCGCCCUUGUCAGAAGGCAAGAAAAGCAGCAGCACUGGGCCGAGCCGGAGAAGUAUCUCAAGGAUCUGAUAGCCAACUACACCGGUCUUGAUAAGAUCUACGAAAUGGUCGACCAGGAUCGAAAUGCCAUCUGGGAACGCAGGGAAAUCAUUCAGCGUAAAUUACCUGAGGAAUUGUCUAUCCUUCUGCACUGCGUUUACUGGAAAGAGCGCGACGAUGUGGCCGAUAUAUGGUUCCUGCUCAGCAAUUGGGAGCUCAUCUCUAUUGAACGCUCUCUGGAACUGCUAGAUUACGCCUAUCCGGACCCAGCCGUACGAAGAUUUGCCAUCAGAUGUCUGCACUCUCUCACGGACGAGGACCUUCUGCUGUACCUACUCCAACUGGUUCAGGCCAUCAAGCACGAAUCGUAUUUGGCCAGCGAUCUGGUAGUGUUCCUGCUAGAGCGAGCGAUGCGCAAUCAGCGCAUUGGGCACUACUUCUUCUGGCAUCUGCGCUCCGAGAUGCAGACGCCGUCCAUACAAAUGCGAUUCGGUCUCCUGCUGGAGGUCUACCUCAAGGGCUGCAAGCAUCACGUGGCGCCUCUUCGCAAACAGCUGCAUAUGCUGGAGAAGCUGAAACAAGGUUCCGUCAUUGUGAAACACGGCAGCAAGGAAAAGGUCAAGAGUUUGUUGCAGAACUUUCUGCGCGACCAGCGCAAUGAAGGCGUCUUCCAGAACAUCCAGAAUCCGCUCAAUCCCAGCUUUCGCUGUAACGGCGUCUCACCAGACAAGUGCAAGGUGAUGGAUAGCAAAAUGAAGCCGCUGUGGGUGGCGUUUGAGAAUGCGGACCUGAACUCCGACGAUGUGCACAUCAUUUUCAAGAACGGCGACGAUUUACGCCAGGACAUGCUAACCUUGCAGAUGCUGAGAGUGAUGGACCAGCUAUGGAAGCGCAAUGGAAUGGACUUCCGGAUGAACAUCUACAACUGCAUUAGCAUGGAGCAAAGGCUCGGCAUGAUCGAGGUUGUGCGGCACGCAGAGACUAUUGCUAACAUACAAAAGGAAAAGGGCAUGUUCUCAGCGACGUCGCCUUUCAAGAAGGGCUCCCUCUUCAGUUGGCUCAAAGAGCACAAUAAGCUGCCCGAUAAGCUGAACCAAGCCAUCAACGAGUUCACGCUCAGCUGCGCUGGCUACUGCGUGGCCACCUACGUUCUGGGCGUGGCAGAUCGUCAUUCAGACAAUAUAAUGGUGAAAAAGAACGGACAGCUCUUUCACAUUGACUUUGGUCAUAUUCUGGGCCACUUCAAGGAGAAGUUUGGCGUGCGUCGGGAGCGAGUGCCCUUCGUGUUAACCCAUGACUUCGUCUACGUAAUCAACAAAGGCUGCAAAGACAAAGACAAGGACCGGGAGUCGGACGAGUUUCGACGCUUUCAAGAAUUGUGCGAGCGCGCCUUUUUAGUUUUACGGAAACACGGCUGCCUUAUUUUAUCGCUGUUUUCAAUGAUGAUUUCAACGGGACUGCCAGAACUGUCUUCUGAAAAGGACUUGAACUACCUUCGUGAGACUUUAGUGCUGGACUAUUCGGAGGAGAAAGCACGCGAACAUUUCCGAGCGAAAUUCAGCGAAGCUUUGGCCAACUCCUGGAAGACAUCCCUCAACUGGGCCUCGCACAAUUUCUCCAAAAACAACAAACAGUAAACAUCUACACACGCCGGCAUCAUGAAUCGUCAUCGUUUCACAGUCCGAACAUCUCGCAACACAACUAAAUGGAUCAACCUUUCUUUUCUGCAUGUCGCCUGCCGCCUGGCCCUUUGUUGCCCUCUGUGCCCAUGCAGCAGGCGUAGUACAAUUUCGCAUCUAAUUCAUAAAGUUCAAAACUAUGUGUUCACUAUGUUAGGCCGAAAUAUACACAAUCCACAUCCCCCCCCCACACACACACACACAGACGACCCCUGACCCAUAGCUGAUAAUGUCGCUCCCACAAGUGCUCCAAUAUUAUUUACUGUCCACCUUGUACAGUUAAGUGUUCACCUAUUCUUGUAAUUCUAAUCAUUAAUGACCCCUAGAUCCCGGAAUUGUUUUGAUGUCUAGUUAUUCAUUUGCCGUUUCACACUCGCGCAUGCACGUGCAAAAAUUUGUAUCCUAUUAUGCUAUAUUAAUUUAAGAGACAUUAACUCUAUAAGUUUAAAAUUAACGAUUUUCUAUCCCUAAAUUAUGAUUAAUUGUCUGCUAUAUAUUUUUUCGUGUCUGCUUCGAUCGCCAACAUCAACAUUUUUGUGUUAUCCGGUUUCGUUUUAUAAUGUUAUUUAAUAUUUGUAACGUAAUGUGUAAAUCACUGGAUAAUUGCAAUUAAAUGAAACUAUUUAAAUUCA